AUGGAUAGUGGUGGAUCAGAUAGUCAAGCUGUGGCUCUCAAAUAUACCAAAGUUUGGGAUAGUGCUAUUGUAACCUUUUUGGUGGCAAAAUUCAAAAUUUUGAGAGAACCUAAAGAUUGUUCUUCCGUGAGAUUCUCCGUGUCAAUUUUGGUAUCGUGUAGAAGGAAAAUAAAUGGUGGGAGCCUCUUCGCUGGCGGGGUUGCAAGAUCACUUGAAACUAGCGAGGGAGUACGCUCUAGAGGGACUCUACGACACCUCCAUCAUCUUCUUCGAUGGAGCCAUUGCCCAGAUCAACAACAUGGCACAACUACAUGGCUCUCUACCUGCAAGGAUAUCAGGCAUGCAUUUGAAGAGUUUGGUUGUUUUGUGGCAGUCUACAACAAAGUUCCUAUAGAGCUUCACAAAACACUUUUCUCAACAGUGAAAGAAUUGUUUGAUCUUCCACUAGAAGUGAAAUUGAAGAACACCAGCGAUAAGCCCUUUUAUGGCUACAGGGGACAGUUCGGCUUCAAUCCACUUUUUGAAUCUUUAGGAAUUGAUAACCCAACAACUCUAGAGAGAACUCAAAGCUUCACAGAACUCAUGUGGCCUGAGGGAAACGUUCGCUUUUGUAAAAGCGUUCUCUCGAUUACAAAGACAAUUGAGGAAUUGAAUGAAACGGUGAUAAGGAUGUUGUUUGAAAGUUAUGGUGUUGAGAAGUAUGCCGAUUCUUACAUAAGAUCAAUGGAUUAUCUUCUUCGAGCUUUUGGAUAUGGUGUGCCCAAGGAGAAUGAAUCCAGUGUCGUGGGAGCGAACUCUCACGCUGACAUGAGCUUGAUCAGCAUACUUUACCAAAACUUAGUCAACGGUCUGCAGAUAAAAACUAAGGAUGAUGAGUGGAUUGAUGUUGAUCUCUCACCUUCAUCAUUUCUGGUCUUAGCCGGUGAUGGGAUUAUGGCUUGGAGUAAUGACAGAAUUCUGCACUGUUAUCAUAAAGUCAUGCUGAGAACAAAGGAGGCGAGAUAUUCUCUUGGAUUGUUUGCGGCUAUUAAUGGGACGAUACAAGUACCAGAAGAACUACAAGAUGAAGAACAUCCUUUAAAGUACAAGUCAUUUGAACAUUUUGACUACUUUCGCAGAGUCCUUUCGGAAAAGAAUAUGACUCCCAAAUGUUUCUUGAAAGAAUAUUAUGGUGUUUGAAGCUUUUCAAUUUGAAGAUGCAUCAUCGAAGGCCAUUAUAAAUAAAUUUCUCAGCUGUGACAAAAGAUGUAAUAUUAAUUGUGUGGGCAUAUGUAUUAGUAUUAGUCGGUAGUAGAACAAAGUGUAUGUGUGUGUGUGUGUGUGUGUGGUGAUUUUAAAGUCUUGGAUGGACUUGGGUUGUGUAAAAUCCUCUUUUAUGUUACUUGAGUGAUUUUAGAAUCCUUGUACAA